AUGAAGUUAACUGUAGAUGGCUUACUUGUAUACUUUCCAUACGAUUAUAUUUAUCCAGAGCAAUAUGCAUACAUGCUGGAAUUAAAGCGUGCAUUAGAUGCUAAGGGCCAUGGACUGUUGGAAAUGCCUUCAGGGACCGGUAAAACUGUGUCAUUGUUGUCACUUAUUGUUGCUUAUAUGAUACAAAACCCCCAUCAUGUAAGAAAACUUAUAUACUGUUCCCGAACUAUUCCUGAAAUAGAAAAAGUUUUAGAGGAAUUAAAAAAUCUAUUUAAGUACUAUGAAAAGUCACAGGGAGAGAAACCUAAUCUUACUGGAGUUGUUUUAAGUUCUAGAAAAAAUAUGUGUAUACAUCCAGAGGUUUCCCAAGAAAGAGAAGGCAAAUUAGUUGAUGGCAAGUGUCACUCUCUAACUGCAAGCUACAUCAGAGAGAGGCAUGAGCAUGAUAUAAGUGUUCCUAUAUGCCAGUUUUAUGAAGGUUUUAAUACUGAGGGAAGAGAAUCAAUGCUACCAUAUGGAGUGUAUAAUGUAGAUGACCUAAAACAAUAUGGAGCUGAUAGAAACUGGUGUCCUUACUUUCUCUCUAGAUUUGCGAUAAUUCAUGCAGAGAUAGUAGUGUAUUCAUAUCACUACUUACUUGAUCCAAAGAUAGCAGAAGUGGUAUCGAAAGAGUUGAAUAAGGAAGCAGUAGUUGUCUUUGAUGAGGCUCAUAAUAUAGACAAUGUAUGUAUAGACGCGCUCAGCGUCAAAAUCACUCGCCGUACCAUAGACAAAAGUACACAAGCUCUACAAUCCCUAGAGAAGUCCGUGGCUCAAAUGAAGGCAGAGGAUAGCACUCGUCUAGCCGCUGAGUAUGAGGCAUUAGUUGAAGGAUUACGGGAAGCAGCCCAAGCAAGAGAUACGGACACAAUACUCGCGAAUCCCGUAUUACCUGACGAGGUUUUGGAUGAGGUGGUCCCCGGUAACAUUCGCAAUGCUGAGCAUUUCUUGGGUUUUUUGAAGCGGUUUAUCGAGUACCUCAAGACACGUCUCCGCAUACAACAUGUUGUACAGGAAUCUCCCGCUGGUUUCUUGAAGGACGUGUCAGCGCGCGUGUGUAUUGAGCGAAAACCGUUAAGGUUUUGUGCUACGCGACUGCAGUCACUCUUGCGCACGCUACAGGUAUCUGACCCUUCUCACCUCGCGUCCCUGACGCUUGUGACUAAUUUGGCUACUUUAGUGUCUACGUAUACCAAAGGCUUCGUCAUAAUCAUAGAGCCCUUUGAUGAUAGAACACCCACUGUGUCUAAUCCGAUAUUGCAUUUUUCGUGUAUGGAUUCUUCAAUAGCUAUGAGGCCGGUGUUCGCGAGAUUUCAAAGUGUCAUCAUUACUUCUGGCACAUUGUCCCCUUUAGACAUGUACCCGAAGAUCUUGGAUUUCCAUCCUGUUGUAGUGAGUUCCUUCACCAUGACCCUCGCACGGCCCUGCUUAUUGCCCAUGAUAGUGUCAAAAGGCAGCGACCAAGUUGCAAUAUCGUCUAAAUACGAGACUCGAGAAGACGUCGCUGUCAUCAGAAACUAUGGACAACUUCUUGUUGAAAUAUCAGCGUGCGUACCCGAUGGCGUAGUGUGUUUCUUCACUUCGUAUUUAUAUUUAGAAAGUGUCGUUGGCGCUUGGUACGAUCAAGGUGUUGUGGCAAGUCUCCAACGACAUAAACUACUCUUCAUCGAGACCCAAGACUCUGCAGAAACGAGUUUCGCUCUCAUCAAUUAUAUAAAGGCGUGUGAGAGCGGCCGCGGAGCAGUGCUGUUGUCUGUGGCUCGCGGCAAAGUGUCGGAAGGAGUGGACUUCGACCACCAUUUGGGCAGAGCUGUGCUUAUGUUCGGGAUUCCUUACGUCUUCACGCAGAGUCGGAUACUUAAAGCCCGACUCGAGUAUUUGAGGGAUCAAUUUCAGAUACGCGAAAACGACUUCCUAACGUUUGACGCGAUGCGACACGCCGCUCAGUGUGUCGGACGAGUGUUACGUGGUAAAACAGACUACGGUGUCAUGAUAUUCGCGGAUAAGCGUUUCAGUCGCGCGGACAAGCGAACUAAAUUGCCAAGAUGGAUACAGGAACAUCUUAAAGACUCUCUUACUAAUCUCUCAACUGAGGAAGCCGUGCAGAUCUGCAAGCGUUGGCUCCGACAAAUGGCCCAACCCUUCACUCGCGAGGAUCAACUGGGUGUGUCUCUGCUGACCCUACAACAGCUUCAGAGCAAAGAACAGCAGGAGAAGAUACAACGAGCGGUAGUACAGCAAUGA